AGACAGCUGUGUGGAUAUUUCGUCUGUGGUACUCCUUAAAGUGGUACUCGUUUAAAUAUGGUGAAAUUGUCUGAUUUGUUGAGACCAUCGGAAGAAAGUAGUUAACAUCAAUUUAUCCAAAUUCACGUUCUGUGAUGAACGACCAUGUGGAAAAGUCUCAUGAUGUUAACGGCGGUUAUACUCGGAAAGGACCUCUGUCUGUUUGUAGAAUCGACUUGUGUACUCGGAAAGACAAACUAUGCGGACGGAGAUGUUUGGAGGUUCAACGAAUGCGUGAACUGUACCUGUAACGGAACGCGGGUGGAUUGCGUGAAGGAGCACUGCCCAACACCCUCGUGUACAGAGCCUAAGAUUGUGCCCGGUGUGUGUUGCCCUUUCUGUGAAGUCGUGCCAGGCGACAAUGGGGAGGCAGACAACGGUGGAAAGGGAUGUCAGUACGACGGGGACGAGUACUCGGACGGCGAAGUAUUCACCUCCAAUUCAACCGGCAUCAUACUCAACGCCGAUAACCAGUGUAUCAACUGUAUAUGUACGAAAGGGGAUGUACUCUGCUACUUGAAAACUUGCAACAUUCCAAAGAAGUGUAAGAAAUGGCUGAACCAUAGUGACAAUUGUUGUCGACAAUGUGCAGACGACGUUAACGCCUCGCUUGAUGAGAACAGUUCUUCAGUAGACAUCGAACAUAAAGCUGAGCACGAUUGUCUGGACUCGGAAGGAACGAUCCACGAGAACGGGUCGGAAUGGCGACCACAAGUAUCCAACUGUGUCACGUGUUCUUGUCUGAACGGAGAAAUAGACUGUCAUAAACUCACGUGUCCACCUGACGAUCUUCUCCCCUGCAAGAACCCCAGACGGCGAGGAAACUCCUGCUGUAAGACCUGUCGCCGGAAGAAGAAGCCCAGAAAGGUCUGCUUGACGAGCAUGCGCAGGAAGAAUAAAAGAAAUAAAAAGAAAAAUGGGAAGAGGCAAAAUAGAAAGAAAGAUCGGAAAAAUCGAAAUCAAGAUAGUCAGUCGGGGACCGCGCCAGUUGUUGAUGUGACGUCACUUCCUUCAUUAAGAGACAAUAUUGAUACAAAUAAUCUGACAAUUCCGGAUUUUUAUGGGCAAAUGUGUAUGUCUAAGAAGCGAGACCACAUAGUGUAUCGUUAUGUGGGAGGCAGGUUUCUUUUUGUGGCAUUUGACGACGCUAAAUCACACCAGGUGGAGGUGUGGCGCUGGAGACUGAAGCAGAGAGUUUGUGAUGUCAAUCUACCAGCACAGAAGAAGUGUAAGGCCAUGUCCGCAAACAUCCGUCUGUCAGGCCUGGAAAAGUUUACGUUUCCAUCGGAUCACUUCCGGAAACAAGUCACACAGGAAAUGAUUUUUGGUUCUACACCAAAAAAACAAGUCAGGAACUUUAAGAAAAAGCUGAUAAGGUCAAUGGCAAAGUGUUCCAAGAAAAAUAAAUGUCGUGUGAAAAUGGUGACCCGGGCUAUCUAUAAGAACAUCGAUCUGAAACACGUCAGCUAUAAUUGUGGCUGCUGAUUGGUCGUCGUGUUGACAAGCACCAUGCAUCGUUAGCGACACAUGUUCGCUAACUGGCGGAUAGUUAUUGACCUUCGGAACUGUGAUUGGCUGAAAGUUACUGAAACACAGAGCUGUGAUUAGCGGGAAGUUAGUAAAACUCACAGCUGUGAUUGGUAGGCGGUUAAUGACACCCACAGCUGUGAUUGGUAGGCAGUAAGAGACACCCACAGCUGUGAUUGGCGGGCAGUAAGAGACACCCACAGCUGUGAUUGGUAGGCGGAUAGUGACGUUCACAGCUGUGAUAUAAUGUUAGGACGACUAUAGAAAUAGCAAUGACUCACUGUUACCAUCAUUCAGGAGAGGAGUUCGAUUUCACUUUGCACAUGUGAAAGUUCUGAAUUGAUCACUAUGCCGGAUAUAUGAACAAGUAACACUGGUGUAUUUUUAUUAGUUACACAGUAUAUAUACAUAGUUUAUAGCAGAACAUUCAUGAGUCUAUGAGAAGGAUACAAAGCGUUCAAGCGCUUAGACACGCUUUAGUUCUUAGAGAGGUUAAAAGGGCGUGGCUUAGGCUUCAUUUGUAUAUAGGAUCAAAUAUUGAUCAAAACAAGCAUAAACCAACAUGGUAUAUAUAAAUCUAAUAUAUAUGUAUUUAUAUCACGUGACCUAGCCUGAGGAUUAAGAUUUAGUUUAUUGAGAAGUGGAAGACGGCGUUGAAUGCGAGAAAGUAAGAGUUUUGAACUAAAGGAAAAAAACGAAGAAUUCAGAAGAGGAUGCAUAUCAGUAGGUAUGGAUUGCUGCGGCAAGUGGUCGGUUUGACGUGUCAAUGCAAAGCGCUUUCAUUUUCUUAAAGACAGACUGAAUGGUGGGCGUAGAUUUGUGUGUGUGACGUUUUGUUUGUCUUCUUAAGAUAAAAAUAUAUAAUGUAUAUUAACCCAUGGAACUACGAAGUAUAUUUGUUACGUGUAUAUAAAUGUGUUCGCUUCCUAUAUGUCGGUUUUAACCUACUUCUAAGUUAGUAAUCAGCAGUAGGCUGACGAACUGACACCAAGAACGAUAACUCCUACUGGGAGACACCUGCCUUUGUGACUUUCCGUGUUGUUAAAAGCUUUCAGAUCGAUUUUGUUAAAAUUAUAAAAUGAAGUAAAAAUUAAUAA